UCUCCAUUACAGGUGGACAAAUUUUUACUUGCUCUGUAACGGCCAUACUCGAGCUGGAGCUCGGUCUACUGUCUUGGGAAUGGAUCGCCCGCCCACUUCUAGCCGGACCCGAAGACCCCCAACCAAAUCCGAACUCUACUCUACAGUUGUGAUCCACGACGACGACGACGACGACGACGACGAAGAAUACGUUUCUGAAGUCGAACAAAGAACCUUUCGAAACGCAUCCUCUCGCGACAAAGACGAUGACAACAUUUACGCCACGACAAUAUUCAAAGGAGACUCCCGGAAUGACAUCGACAACGUGGACGAAGAAGAUGAUUCUCUUCCUCCCCUCCUUAAACGCCUUCCGAAGGACUUUGGUGGAGGUUCCCUCCUCGAUGAUGACUACGACGACGCUGGAGAAUUCGGUACCAUGAUCGUCAAAACUGACCGCGGCCGCAAUCGCAGUUACGGGAAAAACCUGUCUCCGUCAUCGUUUUCUCCAUCAUCAAUGGCGGAAUUGAGGAAGCCUCGUGGCUCUCCGUAUGCCAUGAUGGACGGUGGUGAUAAUGACAGUGGUGAAGGGGAGGGCUUUGGGACAUUUUUCGCGAGAUCCACAUUGAAGGCGAGCGAGAGAGACUCUGUUAGCGGGACCGUAGUGUCGAGGACCAGUACUGGUGGUGGUUCGACAAUGGGAAUGGCAGUGGCGAGUAUGCAGGCGAUGGGGGAGUAUGGGAUUGGGAGGCGGCAGAAGAAGAGGAGUAGCUCAUCCUCGUCCCAGGGAGAGGACGCGAAGCAGAAGCAACAGUUGACGAGUAAGAUGUCUUCCAGUUCAAUUCCAGAGAGUAUCACCAGGGAAGAUCCUAACACCAAGUACGAAUUGCUCAAUGAACUUGGGAAAGGAUCCUAUGGAUCUGUUUACAAGGCUAGAGACAUAAGAACUUCAGAGAUGGUGGCUAUUAAAAUAAUAUCUCUAUCUGAAGGGGAGGAUGGAUAUGAAGAAAUUCGUGGUGAGAUAGAGAUGUUGCAGCAGUGCAGUCAUCCUAAUGUUGUCCGCUACCUUGGAAGCUACCAGGGGGAAGAAUAUCUGUGGAUAGUGAUGGAGUACUGCGGGGGUGGAAGUGUUGCCGACUUGAUGUACGUUACCGAAGAGCCUUUAGAGGAACCUCAGAUAGCCUAUAUAUGUAGGGAAGCUUUGAAGGGACUAGCUUAUUUGCACACAAUUUUCAAGGUCCAUAGAGAUAUCAAAGGUGGUAAUAUCUUGCUAACUGAACAAGGAGAAGUUAAGCUGGGUGAUUUUGGGGUUGCUGCUCAACUUACAAGGACCAUGUCAAAGCGCAAUACAUUCAUAGGCACUCCACAUUGGAUGGCUCCAGAAGUUAUACAAGAAAGUCGUUAUGAUGGGAAGGUUGACGUAUGGGCUCUUGGUGUGUCUGCCAUUGAGAUGGCUGAGGGCCUUCCUCCAAGAGCAACUGUGCACCCAAUGAGAGUUUUGUUCAUGAUAUCCGCUGAACCAGCUCCGAUGCUUGAGGAUAAGGAAAAAUGGUCUCUUGUGUUUCAUGAUUUUGUUGCGAAGUGCCUUACGAAAGAACCACGUCUACGACCUACUGCAGCAGAGAUGCUGAAGCACAAAUUUAUUGAAAAAUGCAAAAAUGGAGCCUCAGCUAUGUUGCCGAAGAUUGAAAAGGCUAGGCAAAUCAGGGCCUCAAUGGUUCUGGAAGCUCAAAUUCUAGCCCCAUCUGAAUUAGGGACACUAAUAGAUCCGAAAUUGAAUGAGGAUUAUGGAGAUACAGUUCCAUCAAAGCCUCAAGUGCCUGGAGAAGGAGGUGACUUUGGGACUGUAAUAGUUCAUGAUGGACAUGAGACUGAUGAAAUAGCCUCUCGAUCUCAGUUUUCCAAUGCUAAGGAACCCUCACCUCUUCUGCAUGUUAAAGUGCCUUCUGGAUUGGGGCUCAAAUCAGCUGAUUCCCAGCUGGAUAAUACUGGAGCCAUUGCUGUAAACACCGUUUUGGUUGGAGAACAUCAUCCUGUUGGGCACACCAUACGGGCAACUUCUCCGUUAUCUGGCUCCUCUCAGCAGAUUCUUAAGGAAGAGAGCAUUUCUAAAUCACAAGUUGGAAGUGGCAGCAACAUGACCGCUGGCACCUUGAAGAAGGAAACUGUCAACCGAAAAGCUUUUGCACUGCAGGACAAGCUUUGGUCCAUAUAUGCCGCUGGUAAUACUGUACCCAUUCCAUUCUUGAGGGCAACCGAUAUAUCCCCCAUCGCUCUUUUGUCAGACAACGUGCUUGGAGGUUUGCAGCAAGACAAUAAUGGAGCCUUAGCGUCAGAAGCAUUACAGGAGCUUUUUAGUGGCGAUGGGCAGUCCAGAAAGGGCCGAAGAGGACAAAAUGAGAUUCCUCUUCCUCCAAGUGUUUACAACAGACUCACUUCAAGCUCAACAUUAUUGAAUCUGGCACAGGCUUUAGCUCACCAUAAAACAUGUUAUGAAGAGAUGCCGCUCCAGGAGUUGCAAGCAACACAAGAGGAACAGACCAUUCAAAAUCUAUGUGAUACGCUUCGGACCAUUCUUCGCCUGUAGAGGAGUCUUCCUGCUACUACCUCUGGUCUCAGUUUUGUAUUGAUUGAACUUCUUAGGGACUUUUUCAUUGUUCCCAAUCCCUUUAUUGAUAUGGAGAUGCUGCAAUAUUUUUUCGGUUUCGAUUCGUGGAGCAGUUGUAAUCUAUCGUUUGCAAGUAGCAUGUAUAUGUUAACAGAUGAUAAAGGUGAAGAAAAUAUUUAUUUAAUCAAUGGUGUCCCUUUGGAAGCUCGCA